AUGCUAACAAAGACUGCAGACGAAAAUCGGUUAACCAAAGAGAACCUGGCGCUGGUAGACGCUGCAAGCGCGACGGAAGACCGGAAGAAGUCGAGCAACGAGGACGAUAAGUCGAGCGUUCUGAGCAAGAUCGACUCGAAGCACUCCGGGGACCUGGACCUGUCUGAGUACUGCGUGUCUUCAGACGCGGAGACGGAGAAGAUGGACGAGGAGUCCGUGAGCCAGCGCAACUCUGAGCACCCGGUGCUUUCCGAGCUUGCAGGCGCCUCGGCGCCAGGGGACGCCGGCGCGGCAGAGAGCGGCGAGACGAAUGGCGCGGCUGCGGGCAACGCGGCGGUAGAGAGCACCCCAAAAGCCCCAGAGCAACACUCCCCGCGUGAAGAGGCCGCGGCGCCGGCGGUGGAGGAGCCCACUGUUUCAGCGGUCAACGAGGGCGUCGCCGCCGCUGCUGCCGCCGCUGCCGUGGAUCCACCCAAUGAGCCCGAGAAGGCUAUAAUGACAGCCGCGCCUGCAGAACAGCCGGUGGACAUCACUGGUUCAGGUUCACUCGGGGAGCCCCCAGCGGCCGGAGGACCCUCCACGGAGGUGGCAGUCUCCGAACCCACAAUAACGGAACCCGCGGCAGAGCCCGCGGCAGAGCCUGUGGCAGAACCUGCAGCAAUUGAGGAGCAGGCCGCGGUCCCAGAACAAAUACUCCAAGAGGCGGUGCCCCCGGUCGAAUCCCCCGUAGUAGAUCCUCUCAAGCCUUCUUCACCCGUGCCGCCUUCGGAGGAACCCCUGGGACCAUCGUCAGUAGUGGGGCCCGCAGAGGUGGCAUCGAAGCAGUCAGGCCCGGUGGAACCAGUCGAGGAUACACUAGGACUAGCGCAAGGAGAUGCGGCGCCAACCAAGCGCGCGCAUGAGGACGAGGAGGACCACGACGCCCACUUCAAAAAGCCUAGGCCGCCGGCGCACGAGCUAAAGCACGUCGAAAACAACAACUACGACGACAAUGACAACGACAACGACAACGACAACGACAACGACAACGACAACGACGCGGACGAGGACGAGGACGAGGUCGAAGAGGACUACCAAGACAAGACGGACGGGGCCGAAGUGCUAGCGGCAGCGGCCGCGGGCGCUAGCGCGGCCGGCGGGCCCUCCAAAGUAGGCACGGGCGCCAAGAAACCCGUGCCCAGCAUCAAGGGUGACGGAAACUCGCCCAUGGAGCAGGAAACGCUGAGGAUGAACGCGCUGCGGGAGAUCACAGACAUCGAGCACCAGUUUGCGGAGCUGAGGCAGCGGCUCUUCGAGAGCAAGCUGGCGAAGCUGCAGACAGAGACACAGAUGUGCCUGGAAGGAUCGCACCCGGCGCUGCAGAGCUACUACCAGAAGAUUGACUCGGUGCGAGACUACAAACUGCGUCGCGCGUACCAGAGACAGAAGUACGAGCUGGAGUGCAUAGACAAAGAGACCAAGGCGACGCGGUGCUUCAUACACCAGGACUUUUACCGCAAGGUGGCGGACCUGAAGCACGAGCUGCUGGUGAGCACUACGCAGAAGUGGUACGACAUCAACAAGGAGCGGCGCGAGAUGGACGUAGUGGUGUCGGACGUGGGGUACCACGUGCCCGUGAAGAUUGACGGGAAGACGCUGAGCUGCAUUACGGGGUACGCGGCGCCCGCGCAGCCGCGGCGCGAGGGCGACCCGCUCGCGGAGGACCUGCAAUGCGAGGGCAUCCGGUUCCGGUUCAAGAACAACCCGGUGGACAAGCUGGAGGUGAUAGUGGACCGGAUGCGGUUCAACAACGAGCUGAGCGACCUGGAGGGGCUGCGGCAGUUCUUCCAGGGCUUCCCGGGCGCGCCGGGGCUGAGCGGCCUGAAGGACUCGGAGAUCUACGAGGACCUGCAGAGCGCGGGACGGCCGGGGCGCGCGUGA